ACUUCGCGGGGAAUCGCAUGAGCAAGUCGCCCGAGAGCUCCGAUGGGGCGCCGGUCUCUGAGCCCUGGAGCGACCUCGACCGCUUCCAAGCGCUCUCCCGCGGCUCCGUGAACGAGUCCAUGGCGGCCGCGCCGUCGGCCGACGCGCGGCGCAGUCCCAUCCGAAAAGCGCGGCUCGACAUCCUCCAGAGCUCGAUCUUGACGCGGCAGAGCCAGCUCAGCACGCUCGAAGGCGGCACGAAGAAGCACAAGAAGAACACGGACGCCCACAUCGCUGACCUCAAGGCGUCGCUGGGGCCGCUGGGCUCGCUCCAGGGCCCGCGUCGCCCCGACUCGUCGUCCGGGCGUCUCGUGUUACCCGCCGUGACGCCUCCGACGUCGGCCGACGCAAUCGAGUCGCCCGAAGAGCGCAUGUACUCGACGCUCAGCGAUCGUAUUGGCUCCAACUACACCAUGACGACGCGGAAGCUCACCAAGGACGACGUUGCUCGCGUCGCGCUCAGCAUGCCCGUCAUGGUCCGUGAAAAGCCCAAGGACUUGCGCCCUGGGUUUAGCCCCAAGAAAAAGGCGAUCGAGUACGUGGCUGUGGCGCCGGCGCUCGAGCGGUCGUUGGCGCAACUGACCAAGUCGGACGAGCUCUCGCCGUCGCCGCCGCCCAAAUCGCCCUUUACGCAGCUCCCAUCGGCCGAUGUCAAGGCCAACGUGUCUCUCUAUCCGUCCGGGUCCCGCGCCUUCCAGCGCCACUUGGCGGAAAACCCGACGCACCUUUUUAAGAAGCCGUCGCCGACUAAGAGUCCACCCAAGAAGAACAAGAUUGUCCUCAACGUUGGCAGCCCGGUGGCGCCGGUGGCACGGCGCUUGGCGCCCAUGGUCCUCAAGCCGCUGACGUCCCGGACGCUGGAGCUCGACUCGGCCGCGUAUGAAGCUUCGACCACCAACUACUGGCGCGCGGUCGAGGCGUACAUCGCGCGCGGGUGUCCGCCCAUGGCGGAUGCGAUUCCGGUCGAGAUUUUACAGCGACUGCAGCUCCCCGCGCCGCCGUUCCGGCACGACAAGGCCCUUUUAGCGCAGAACACAGCCACGUGCGAACACCUCUUGACCGAGAUGUUUGACGCGGUGUAUGCGUCAUACAACACGGCGAUCGCGCGCGCAAUGCUGCAGUACGACCUUUUGGAAGACACAAACGCGGCGCGGCUCGGCAUCGUGCCGGCCUACCUCCACGCGACGCCCAAGUGGUGGAGCGACGAGACGUACCAGUCGUUUCAAUGGAGAGUCCUUCGGGAGACAGGCGUCGACGCGACCGUGAUCCGCGACAGCGCCGAGUACAUUGAGGUGUUUUUGCACACGGCCGACCCGGCCAUGCUCGCGCUCCAAGCGCAAUGGCUGCACGAAGGCCCGCCACCCGACUGGGAGAUUCGAGACAACCCGUUCGUUCCGUACCACGAGCUUCUCUUUACGGACGUGUUGACACCCGGGUUUCGGUCGUCGUUGCCGCGCACGGUGCCCAAUUUUGUCGAUCACAUUAGCCGCCGCGUCGACGCGGUCAAGGAGUGCCUCCGGACGUACUGGAUUCCUGCCAGCGCUAUGAAGGUCGAUGCGUUCUUGCCGCUUGCGCCGGAUGCGCCGGUGCGCGAUCCGCGCGGCGACCUCCCGCUGCCCGAACCAUUGCACGCCGGUACCAAUGGCAGCGCGGCCAAGCUGUUUGCGAACCGCGUGGCGCUCGAGGGACUUGACGCUCGCCACGCGGCCGCGCCAAAGACCUCGGCCGACACGUUGGUCGAAGACGACCUCUUUCGCUUCAACCACCACAUUGGCGUGUUGAACGCUGCGUCGGUGCUCAUGUCGCGCCAGCUGCGCGAGACCGUCGACGCCUCCGUGCUCGCGUUUCAAGCCUUUUUCGAGCAAUUUUCGACGCCUGCGCUCGACGGCGAGGCUGCGCUCGUCCUCGCCGUGCAGUGCUUUGACGCCCCCAGCGCCGGGUUUGCGCUCGACCCGCCGGCCGACGCGAUGGAGAUGACGCUCCUGCACUGCGUCGGCAUGCUCGUGGACGCGGUCGCGAUCUUUCCGCGCAUCGAUUCGCACACGAGUGUGCCGGUGCGCAUCCGCAACAAGGCGUCGCUCGGGCCGUGCACGCUCGGCACGGGCGAUCCCUUCGUGCUCUCGGCCAAGAAAGCCGUGCGCCAGGCACUACAGCGGCACUUGCGUGAGCCCGAAGGCGUCCUCGCUCGCUUCGCACCGUUUCUGACGCUCCUCAAUGGCUCGACGGACCGGCAUAUCGCCCAUCUCUUGGAGCAGCCGGUCGACUUGGGGGCGCUCCGGGCCGAGCUCGCGGCGCUUCGAUCGAUCGACGACGCGAUUUUGGCCGAGAUUGCCGACCAGUAUACGUUCUCGCUCUUCGCCGUGUCGUGCGUCACGGCCAAAGAUUGCCUUCGCGCCAAAGCGAAAGAGUGCGCGUCCGUGUUGCUCGCGCGCGUCUCGGCCGAGAACGUCAAGCGCAUGAAUGCGAUGGGGGCGCAGUACGAAGCCAUUGUGCAGACGCUCAUGGCCGACCCGUUGGACUCGGUCGAGCUCAAGAGCCUCCAAGCGUUCUACGAGUCGAGUAUGGCGUCGCUCAAUGCGCUCCAAGACGAGCUCGUGAACGACGUGCACACAGCGAUUCGGUUCUUGACCGAGCACCACUUUGCCAUGUCCCGCGACGACAUUCAGCUCUUUUAUGUCACGUACCGCUGGCCCGAUACGAUCGCCAACUUUCAGCGCAAGUCGCUCGAGCGGCAGCGCGAACGCAAGCGGGAGCUCGAGCUCGUCGUGACAGCUCGCCAAGAACACCUGCUCAGCACGUUUGCGACGUGUCAGCGCAAGAUCGAAAAGAUGCGCGAGGCUGGCAACAUGGCCGACGCUGCCAACGUCACCAAGCGCAUCGAGGGCAUCAACAAGCUCAUCGCCGAAAUCGACGACGAAGCCAGCAAGAUCCGCGACCAAGAGACGCUGCUCGGCAUGGAGCUCACGGACAACGAGACAAGCAUCAAGGAGCUCCAAGAAAUGCUCGCCCCCAUGGACAAACUCUGGUCGACCGUGUUUCAAUUCAGCGAGCAGCUCAACCAGUGGCGCGGACUGCCGCUCUACAUGGUCAACGCCGAAGACGCCGAGCGCGAAGCCGACGGGUUCCGACGCAAUGUCGUCAAGGUCAUUCGCGACUGCGAAAAGAUUGGCGAGAGCUUAGAAGCGCCGACCGAAGUCGCACGCGCGGCCAAGAAGAUGCUCGAUGAAAUGCUCGAUGCCCACGUGCCGCUCAUGCACCUGAUUUGCACGCCGGCGCUCUGUGCGCGGCACUGGUCCGAGAUCGAGGCCAUCACGAAACUCGACUUGCAGACGCCAGGCGGCGACAUGACGUUGAGCCACAUGCUGGACGCGGGGCUGCACAAGUUCACCGCGCAAAUCGAAGACAUUUGUGUCGGCGCGGCCAAAGAAUACUCGCUCGAGCAAGCGCUCGACAAGAUGGAGCACGAGUGGGAAGGCAUCGAGUUCCACACCAAGCCGUACCGCACGACCGGCACGUCGAUUCUCUUUGGCACGGACGAAAUGCAGCAGCUCUUGGACGACCACAUGGUCAAAAUUCAAUCGAUUCGCGGCUCGCGCUACAACAAGCCGUACUUGGAGCGCAUUGGGCGCUGGGAGAAAACGCUCGUGGCGGUACAAGACAUUACCGACCAGUGGCUCAAGGUCCAAGCGACGUGGCUGUACCUCGAGCCGAUCUUUAGCAGCGACGACAUCAUGCGGCAAAUGCCCACCGAGGGCAUGCUCUUCAAGCGCGUCGACGCCACGUGGCGGCACAAUAUGGAAGAAACCAUUCUCGAGCCAGAAGCCACCAAAGUCGCACUGCGCCAAGGCUUGCUCGAGACGCUCCAAGAGUCCAACGCCGACCUCGAUACGAUCCAGAAAGGACUGAACGAGUACCUCGAGACGAAGCGCCUGUACUUUCCGCGGUUCUUUUUCCUCUCGAACGACGAGCUGCUCGAGAUUCUCGCCGAGACGAAGGACCCGUUGCGCGUCCAGCCCCAUCUAAAGAAAGCGUUUGACGGCAUCAACCUCCUCGAGUUCCAGCCCAACCUCGACAUUACCGCGAUGCUGAGUCCCGAAAAUGAAAAAGUCCCGUUCCUCUUCGACAAGAUCUCACAAUCGCCCAUCAACCCCAACAAGACGGGCGGCAAUGUGGAAAUUUGGCUCCAGGAGGUCGAAAUCACGAUGCGCAAAAGCGUCGCGUACCACGUGGAUCUGAGCAUGGCCGACUACGCGACCAAAGAUCGGCUCACGUGGGUGCAAGAGUGGCCGGGUCAAGUCGUUCUUGCCAUCAACCAGACCGUGUGGACGCAGCAAACGGAGGCCGCGCUCGAUGGCCCCAAAGAUGCUCUCGUGCAGCACUCCCAGAUGCUCAAAGACGAACUCCUUCGCACGGUCGAGCUCGUGCGUGGCCAGCUGCCCAAGCUCACGCGCAUUACGCUCGGUGCGCUUGUCGUCAUGGACGUGCACAACCGCGACACCAUCGCCGAGCUCGUCACGCUCAAGACAUCGGACAAGCUCGACUUUGACUGGCUCGCGCAGCUGCGCUACUACUGGGUGGCGGGCGGAACAUCGGCCGCGACGGGGAAACCGGGCACGCUGCAGUGCCGUAUGAUCAAUACGUUAGCGCUGUACGCGUUCGAGUACCUCGGCAACUCGAUGCGGCUCGUCAUUACGCCGCUGACCGAUCGUUGCUACCGCACGCUCAUGGGGGCUAUUCAUUUGAACCUCGGGGGGGCGCCGGAAGGGCCAGCCGGCACGGGCAAGACCGAGACGACCAAGGAUCUCGGCAAAGCCAUUGCGAUCCAGUGCGUGGUGACCAACUGCUCCGACGGUCUCGACUACCUCGCGAUGGGCAAGUUCUUCAAGGGUCUCGCGUCCAGCGGCGCGUGGGCGUGCUUUGAUGAGUUCAACCGCAUCCAGCUCGAAGUGCUCAGUGUGAUUGCCCAGCAGAUUCUCUGCAUCCAGAUCGCCAAGGCGCAAAACGCAGCGACCUUUAUGUUUGAGGGCACCCUCCUUUCGCUCAACCCCACGUGCUGCCCGUUCAUUACGAUGAACCCUGGGUAUGCGGGGCGCGCUGAGCUGCCCGACAACCUCAAGGUGCUCUUCCGCACCGUGGCCAUGAUGGUGCCCGACUACGCUAUGAUUGCAGAGAUUAUGCUCUAUUCGUACGGCUACAUGGAGGCGAAUGCACUCUCCAAGAAGAUUACGACCACGUAUACCCUUUGCUCGGAACAGCUCUCUUCGCAAUCGCACUACGACUACGGCAUGCGGGCAGUCAUGGCCGUGCUGCGAGCUGCAGGCAACCUCAAGCGAAGCGAGGGCCACCUUCAGGAAGACACACUCGUCUUGCGCUCCAUCAUUGACGUCAACUUGCCGAAAUUCCUGAGCCCUGACGUCCCGCUCUUCAACGGCAUUGUCUCGGACCUCUUCCCGGGCGUCGUCGUGGACCCGCCCGACCGCACCGACAUGCUACGUGCGAUCAACGACGCGUGCAAAGCCAUGGAGCUCCAGCCCGUGCCCAACUUCAUCGAAAAGGUCAUUCAGAUUUACGAAAUGAUGAUUGUCCGGCACGGCUUUAUGGUCGUGGGCAUGCCCUUCUCGGGCAAGUCGAGUUCGUGGAAGGUGCUCGCUGACGUUUUGGAGCGCCUCCACAAUCAAUUUCCUGAAGAUACACGGUACACGCCCGUGGUCGUGGCCGUCAUCAACCCCAAGUCGAUCACGAUGGGCCAGCUCUACGGGCAGUUUGACGACGUCUCGCACGAGUGGACCGACGGUGUCCUCGCCAUCAACUACCGCAAUCUGGCCACGAGUCCGACGCCGGACCGCAAGUGGCUCCUCUUUGACGGCCCCGUCGACGCGGUGUGGAUCGAAAACAUGAAUACGGUCCUCGACGACAACCGCAAAUUGUGCUUGAUGAGCGGCGAGAUCAUUGCGAUGAGCCCCGUCAUGAGCAUGAUGUUUGAGCCCAUGGACCUUCUCGUCGCAUCGCCUGCCACUGUCUCGCGCUGCGGCAUGAUCUACAUGGAGCCCGAGCAGCUCGGGUGGCAGCCGCUCGUCGACUCGUGGCUGGAUCGUAGCGUGGUGCUGCCACCGGACGCCGACCCCAAGCUCCACCUCGUCUUGACCGACGACCAGCGCAGCACCAUCCGAACGCUCUGCGCGUGGCUCGUCGAUCCGUGCAUUGCGUUUGUGCGCAAGGAGCUGGUGGAGCUCACGCCGACAGUCGACGCGAAUCUCGUGCAGAGCUUACUGCACAUCUUGGAGGCCGAGUUGCUUACGCUCAAGCCGGCCGACAUUGGUACCAAGAAAGGUUUACAGCACCUCGAGAGCAUCUUCCUCUUCGGUUUGCUUUGGUCGGUCGGGUGUACCUCCACGUCGGAGGGCCGCGUCCGGUUCUGCGAUUUCUUGCGCAGUUAUAUGGAGUCCAUGGGGGUGCUCAACGCCAAGUACAUUGUGGUCGGCCGCGCGCUCACAGUGCGCAAGUGGGCCAAGCCAUCGUUCGACACGUAUGCGCUCACGCUUGCGCUCCCAAAUAAAGGCAAUCUGCACGACUACCUCUACAGUGUGGACGACGCCAAGUGGGUGCGUUGGGAAGACACGCUGCGAGAGUACGUCAUUCCGCCCAACUCGCCGUUCAGCACGAUCGUUGUCCCCACGAUUUACACGGCGCAACUCGAAAACCUUGUCAAGCUCCUCGUCUCGUCCAAGCGCAAGGUGCUCGUGUGCGGCCCCACGGGUACCGGCAAGAGUUCGUACCUCAAUGCGAUAUUGAACGAGCGCCUCAGCCCCGACAAUUUUUCCGUCAUCAUGCUCUCGUUCUCGGCGAAAACGUCGGCCAAUAUGACGCAAAACAUCAUUGACGGCAAGCUCGAUAAGCGGCGGAAGGGCGUGUACGGUCCACCGGUCGGGAAGGAUGGUAUCGUGUUUGUCGACGAUCUCAACAUGCCCAUGAUCGAGACGUACGGGGCACAGCCGCCAAUCGAGCUCAUGCGGCAGCUCGUCGACUCUGGCGGGUGGUACGACCUCAAGGAGAUGGCGUGGCAAAAGAUCAUCGACACGAUCGUCGUCACGGCCAUGGGACCGCCGGGCGGUGGCCGCAACACGAUCAGCCCGCGCUUCCAACGGCACUUUAACGUACUCUGCUUCUCCGAGUUUGACGACGCGACGCUCGCGCGCAUCUUUUCCACGAUUGUCAACUGGUACUUUACGAGCAAUCCGUUCAUUUCGGAAAUCCGCAAGCUCGCCGACGCCGUGGUUAAUGCGACGCUCGAGACGUACCAAAACGCCAUGAAGGUGCUCCUUCCGACGCCAAAAAAGUCGCAUUAUACGUUCAAUUUACGGGAUUUUUCGCGCAUUAUUCAAGGCAUCAUGCUCGUGACGGCGGCCGACGACUUUAACACGACGAGCCUCGUCAAGCUAUGGGUCCACGAGUCGCUGCGUGUCAUUGGCGAUCGGCUCAUUGACGACGAAGGCCGCACGUGGUUUUGCGACUUCCAGCGCAAAAUGGUCGCCAAGCACUUCAACACCAACUUUGACAAAGUAUUUGCGCCGCUCAAGCGCGGCCGCGAUGGCAUCGUGAUGCCCCACGACAUGCGCAACCUCUUCUUUGGGGAUUAUCGCGACCCCGACGCAUCCCCGCGUCUCUACAAGGAGAUCGACGUCCACUCGACCGGUGACGUCGACGGCAUUGCCCAGCUCAUUGCGUGCUUGGACCAGUACCUUGCCGAGUUCAACGCUGUGUCGCGCAAGCCGAUGAAUUUGGUCAUGUUUUUGUUUGCGAUCGAGCACCUCUCGCGCAUUGCGCGCGUCCUCAAGAUGCCCCGCGGCAAUGCGCUGCUCGUGGGCGUCGGUGGCAGUGGCCGACAAAGCCUCACGCGCCUUGCGGCGUUUAUCAUGGACUAUGAAGUCAAGCAGAUUGAGAUUGCGAAAAACUACACGAUGACCGAGUGGCGCGAAGACAUGAAGUAUGUGCUCAAGACCGCGGGCAUUGGCGCGCGGCCGCUCGUGUUUCUCUUUAGCGACACGCAAAUCAAGUACGAGGCGUUUGUCGAGGACAUCAACAACAUGCUCAACUCGGGCGAAAUCCCAAAUUUGUUUCCGUACGACGAGCGCGUCGGGCUCUGCGAAGGCGUGCGGAUUCACGCCAAGGAGAAAUUUGGGAAAAUCGCCGGCGACAUGACGCCCGCCCAGCUCUACGCGUUCUUUGUGCAGCGCGUGCGCCAGCAGCUCCAUAUCGUGCUCGCGUGCUCGCCGAUCGGUGACGCGUUCCGCGACCGGCUCCGGAAGUUUCCGUCCAUGAUCAACUGCUGCACGAUCGAUUGGUUCACGGCGUGGCCCGCUGACGCGCUCGUCGCGGUCGCCGAGAAGUUUCUGCGCGACGUGCAAAUGGAGUCGGACGCGACACGCCGCGGCAUCGUCGACACGUGCCAGUACUUUCACGUCCAAGUCGAGAGUCUGAGCGAUACGUACCUCCAGUGCCUCCGCCGGCAAAACUACGUGACGCCGACGUCGUACCUCGAGCUCAUCGUGGCCUUCAAGACCUUUCUCGGGCAGCGACGCGAGAGCGUCAUGAAGGCCAAGCUCCGGUACGAAGUCGGCUUGGAAAAAAUUCAGUUUGCCGAAGCCAACGUGAGUGUCAUGCGCAAGGAGCUCGUCGACAUGCAGCCAAUUCUCGAUCGGUCGACAAAAGAAACAGCGGCGCUCAUGGAGGAAAUCCAAGCCAAGUUACCGGGCGUCGAGAAGACGCGCGCCGAAGUCCAAGCCGACGUGGCGGUCGCCGAUGCGUCCAAAGCGCAGUGCGAGGUCCAAAAAGCUAGCGUUGAGGCCGACUUGGCCGAGGCUGUGCCCGCGCUCGAAGAGGCUCUCAAGGCCCUCGACACGAUCAAAGCGUCCGAAAUCAACGAAGUCAAAGCCAUGGCCAACCCGCCGGCUGGCGUCAAGCUCGUGUGCGAAGGCGUGUGCGUCAUGCUUGGCAUCAAGCCCGCGCGCAUUCCCGACCCCGCGGACCCGAGCAAGCGCAUCAUGGACUUUUGGGGCCCGUCCCAAAAGAUGCUGAGCGAUCCGACAUUCAUCCAGCAGCUCAAAAAAUUCGACAAAGACAACCUCGACCCAAAAAUCAUGAAGGUCGUCGUCUCCAAAUACAUUGCCGACGAGAAUUUUAGUCCCGAAAAGGCCGAAAAAGCGUCCAAGGCCGCCGCUGGGCUUUGUAAAUGGGUGCAUUCGAUGGCGCUGUACGACAACGUGAGCAAGAUCGUCGCGCCCAAGCGCGAAGCCCUCGCGGUGGCCGAGAAGCUGCUGCAAGAGACGCUCGAGAGUCUCAACGAGAAGCUCGCGCGCUUGAAGGAGGUUGAAGACGGGCUCGCAAGUCUUCAGCGAUCGUUCCAAGACGCCACCACCUCCAAGCAAAGCUUGGAAAGCCAGAUCGAGCUCACGGGGAAGAAGCUCGUGCGCGCGGCGACGCUCAUCGAAAGCCUUGGCGGGGAAAAGAUCCGCUGGAAAGAGUUUAGCGCCCAAUUGACGCUGCAGUACACCAAGCUCACGGGCGACGCGCUCAUUUCCGCAGGCAUUGUCGCCUACCUCGGGCCAUUUACGUCCGUGUACCGGGCACAGGCGGUCUCGGCGUGGGUCGCCCGCUGCAAGGAGCUCGCGAUUCCGUGCUCGGACCUGCCGUCGCUUUCGGGGACGCUCGGCGACCCGGUUCAGAUCCGCAAGUGGAACAUUGAUGGCCUCCCGACCGACAUGUUUAGCAUCGACAAUGGCAUCGUAGUCUUUAACGCGCGCCGGUGGCCGCUCAUGAUCGACCCACAAGGCCAAGCCAACAAGUGGAUUCGCAACAUGGAGACCGAGCAUGGGCUCAACGUCAUCAAGCUCACGGACGGCGACUACCUCCGGACGCUCGAGAACGCGGUGCAGUUUGGCCGCCCCGUGCUCUUGGAAAAUAUUGGCGAAGAAUUGGACCCGAGCUUGGAACCGUUGUUGCUCAAGCAGACGUUCAAGCAAGGUGGCACACUCUUCAUUCGGCUCGGCGAUGCCAACAUUGAGUACAGCGAGAGCUUUCGGUUCUACCUCACGACCAAGCUCCGGAACCCGCAUUACUUGCCCGAAGUGUCGGUCAAAGUGACGCUGCUCAACUUUAUGAUCACGCCGCAAGGGCUCGAGGACCAGUUGCUCGGAAUCGUCGUUGCGCAAGAACGACCCGACUUGGAAGAGCAGAAAAACAAGCUCAUCGUCCAGAGCGCCAAGAACAAGGCGCUUUUGAAGGAGAUUGAAGACAAGACGUUGCACAUUCUGUCGGCGUCCGAGGGCAACAUCCUUGAAGACGAGACCGCCAUCAACACGAUGAACCAGGGCAAGCAGGUCGCCGACCAAAUCAAGUCGGAGCAGGUCAUUGCCGAAGCCACGGAGCUCGAGAUCGACACGGUGCGCCAGGGCUACCGCCCGGUAGCCUACUCGUCGCAAGUGCUCUUCUUCUGCAUCGACCAGCUCGCCAACAUCGAGCCCGUGUACCAGUACUCGCUCUCGUGGUUCAUUGCACUCUUUGUGCUCAGCAUCAACCAAAGCGACAAGAGCACCGACUUGCACGAACGGCUCAAGCUGCUCGAUGCGCACUUUACGUUUUCCUUGUACCGCAACAUUUGUCGGUCGCUGCUCGAGAAGGACAAGCUCAUGUUUUCCUUCCUCUUGACGAUCUCCAUCAUGCAAGGCCGCGCCGAGAUCGAUGCGUCCGAGUGGUACUUCUUCCUCACGGGCGGGCUGGCAGUGGCCGAGACGCCUCCGCCAAACCCUGCCCCCGAAUGGUUUGCCGACAAGCAGUGGAACGAACUCGUGCGUCUUUCAAACCUCCCGGCCUUUCCGGGGCUCGCGACCGAGUUCAAGACCUAUGUCGACGCAUGGAAGGCCAUCUACGACAGUCCAACGGGGUACCUCAUUCCUUUCCCCGGGUCAUUUGCGGCCGUAACACCGUUCCGGCGGCUCCUUGGCAUCCGCUGCAUUCGACCGGAUCUCGUCGUCCUCGCCGCGCAGCAGUUCGUUGUCGAGACGAUGGGCGACGCGUUCGUCAAGCCCCCGCCGUUUGACCUCGGGCUCUGCUACAGCGACUCGUCCGUGAGCUCGCCCCUUGUGUUUAUCCUCUCGCCGGGCUCGGACCCGAUUAGCUCGGUCCUCAAGUUUGCCGACGCGAAUCGGCAGCGCAUCGACACGAUUUCGCUGGGGCAAGGCCAAGGACCCAUUGCCGAGCGUAUGAUCGCGCUCGCGAUGGAAACCGGGUCGUGGGUCGUCUUGCAAAACUGCCACUUGGCGCCGAGCUGGAUGCCGACACUGGAGCGCAUCACGGAGAGCGUCAAGCUCGAGACGACGCAUCCAAACUUUCGGCUCUGGUGCACGACGUACCCGUCCCCCGUCUUUCCCCCGUCUGUGCUGCAGAACGGCGUGAAAAUGACCAACGAACCGCCCCAGGGCUUGCGCGCUAACCUUCUCGGCUCGUACCUCCUCGACCCGAUUUGUGAGCGCGGGUUCCUCGAGUCCGUGAACAAGGGCAAGGAAUUUCGCCGGCUUUUGUAUGCGCUGUGCUUUUUCCAUGCACUUGUCCGCGAGCGUCGGCAGUUUGGUCCGCUGGGCUGGAACAUCCAGUACGAGUUCAACGAGUCCGACCUCAGCAUUAGCACGCGCCAACUCGCAAUGUUUGUCGACGAGAACGACGCGAUUCCGUGGCGAGCGCUCCAGUAUUGCACGGGCGAGUGCAACUAUGGUGGUCGCGUCACCGACGACAAGGACCGACGCACCUUGGCGUGUCUUUUGGGCCGGUUUUACGCCACUGAUAUUCUCAAGGACGACUACAGCUUUGACGAGCGGUCGCAGUACGUGGUGCCGGAGGACACGGACUAUGAAGGCUUCCUUGGCUUCAUCGAGGGCCUUCCGCUUGUCGCACCGCCCAAUGUCUUUGGUUUGCACGACAAUGCGACGAUUACAAAAGAUCAAAACGAAACGACGAUAUUGUGCACAAAGGUGCUCCAGACGCAAGCGACCGGUGGCGGCGGCGGCGACGCCAAGGGCCUCAGCCAAGAAGAGACCGUCGACGCCAUGGCAGCCGAUAUUCUAUCUCGGCUGCCCGACAAUUACGACAUGGAAGUCGCGGCCAUUCGGUACCCGGUCCGAUGGAACGAAAGCAUGAACACGGUCGUGUGCCAAGAACUCGUGCGCUUCAACAACCUUCUCUCGGUCGUCCGGAGCUCGCUCAAGAGUCUUCGCAAGGCGAUCCAAGGUCUCGUCGUCAUGUCGGCCGAACUCGAGAACGUGAGUUUGUCGCUGUUUUACGGGAAAAUUCCGGCCAUGUGGAUCGCCAAGUCGUACCCUUCGCUCAAGCCCCUCCCGAGCUACGUGAGCGACUUGCUCGAGCGCAUAACGUUCUUUGCUGACUGGCUUAACGACAAGCCGCCGCCGAUCUUUUGGAUCUCGGGCUUCUUCUUUACGCAGGCCUUUCUGACGGGCGCCAACCAAAACUUUGCCCGCAAAUAUACCAUCCCGAUCGAUCAAAUCACGUUUGACCACGAGCCAAUGCCACGCACCGACUAUGUGACGGGCCCCACGGACGGCGUGUACGUCCGCGGUCUCUUCCUCGAGGGCUGUCGCUGGAACAAGGUCGAGUCGCGCCUCACCGAGUCGCUGCCCAAGGUGCUCUUCACGCCCGGUCCUGUGCUGUGGUUUCGACCGACAAAGAAGUCGGACCUCGUCAUUCGCAAGUCGUACAAUUGCCCCGUGUAUAAAACUAGUGAGCGCCGGGGCACCCUCUCGACGACGGGGCACUCGACCAACUUUAUUUGCUUCAUUCGGCUUCCGUCGAACCUCCCCGAGGCCCAUUGGGUAGCCCGUGGCGUUGCCAUGCUCAGUCAACUCGACGACUAGACGUGCGAGCACGAGAGAAGCUACCGUUAAUAUUCAAUAAUAUUCCAUGUCCACGACGAAAGGGCAUGCCUCAUAUGACCA